CUCGAGUGGGCGGAGGCCGAGGCGGCCUGUACCAGCGCCGAGGAGCUGGAGUGGGAGCGGAGCAAGCUGUCGGUAGACACUCUGCAGUUCCUGCUGUUCCUGUACGUUACGCAGGUGAACAAGGUCUCUCUGCGAAGGUCUCUGAUCGGGGAGGAAUGGCCCAGCCCCAGGACUAAGUCUCCCAGCCUGACUGGAAAAUCCACCAGCGAGAAUAAGAACUGGAACGACCAGGACCACCGUGCCUUCGUGCAGAGUCACCUCUCGGAUAUGCUGGAACUGCUGCUGGAGCCGGAGCAGCUCACUGCCUCCUCCCAUUCCACCCGCAGUCGCUUGGUGUCCUACGAAGCCAUCUGUGCCCUCAGCUUUCUCAUUGAAGGGACCGUGAACAAAUCCAGGACGGUCCAUCCUCUGCACGAGCUUGCCCUCUGGCAGCCCUGUCACGGGCAGAACGGCUACUCAAAGGUCUCCAAAGCCUUUUCUUUCCCCAAGCUGGAGAGCUGGCUGCGGUCUUGCCUGACCACAAACCCUUUUGGAAUGACUGCCUGCCUCAAGUCCGGGAAGAAACUCGCCUGGGCGCAGCAAGUUGAAGGAACAACCAGGAGAGCAAAGAUUGCCUGCAAUACUCGUGUGGUGCCCGAGGUGUUCCCCAUGGUGAUAAUGAGCCAGGUGUACAAGCAGACGCUGGCCAAGAGCUCGGACACCCUGGUGGGGGCUCACGUAAGAAUUCAUCGCUGCAACGAGUCCUUCAUUUAUCUCCUCUCUCCUCUCCGAUCCGUGACCAUUGAGAAGUGCCGAAACAGCACUUUUGUCCUCGGCCCUGUGCAGGCGUCUGUUCACGUCCAGAGCUGCGACAACGUCAAAGUCAUUGUGGUUUGCCAUCGUUUGUCCCUUUCUUCCACCGCCGGCUGUACUUUUUACAUUCUCACACCUACCCAGCCUCUCAUCCUCUCGGGGAACCAAGCGGUCAGCUUUGCCCCUUUCCACACCCAUUAUCCGAUGCUCGAAGACCACAUGGCUCAGGUGGGCUUGGCCACUCUGCCGAACUACUGGGACACUCCCCUGCUGGUCUGCAAGGACAGCGGUGACACCAGUGUCUUCCGUCUCCUGCCGCCCUCGGACUUCUACACCUUCGUGAUUCCUUUUGAGAUGGAAGGAGACACCACGGAGACGCCGGGCGGGCUUCCCCCCGCGUAUCAGAAGGCACUGAGUCAGCGAGAGCAGAAGGUACAGAUCUGGCAGAAAACUGUGAAGGAGGCGGGCCUGACCAAGGAUCAGAGGAAACAGUUCCAGAUGCUGGUGGAAAACAAAUUCUACGAGUGGCUGGUUCAGACGGGGAACCGUCAGCAGCUGGAUAGCCUUGUCCCUCCUGCCGUGGGCUCCAAGCAGGCAGCAGGAUAGCAGCGUGUUCCGGUGUAGCGAAAGGAAAGGAAAGAGUUCUGGGAACAGGCAGCAAUACACUGAAAUCAGUUCUCAUUAACAC